UCCAGACAGGAGCACAGCACAAUGAAAAAGGAAGAGGCUGGCAGCAUGAACAAAGACAACAGGGCUUCCCAGAGCAUCCUUCCCCAUGUUCAUUUGGGGCCCAGAUUGCCUCCUUGGCCCCUGAGCUGCUUGUUAGCUUUGCAGCAUCUUCUCGUCCAGGUAUCUUUUCUCUGCAUCUUUCACUUUCUCUUCAUCACCACCCUCCCACAUGAAGAGCUAAGGGGGACUCCGCGUUGGGAUGAGCAUCUGGCACGCAGCCUCUUUGCCUGUGGCAUCUCCACAGCCUUACAGUGCGGACUGGGUACCAGGUUGCCACUGGUUCAGGCUCCAUCUUUUGAGUUCCUUAUCCCAGCCAUGGUACUGACCCAACAUAUGGCUCCCAUGCACCGUUUGGAAGGAAACAGCACUGAAGCUCCUGAUGUAUGUGUUGGGCCAGGUUGUGAAAACAGAAGAACCUGGGAUCAGUUAUUCUGUGAGGUCUCUGGUGCGGUACUAGUCUCAGCUCUGGUGCAGCUGGUUUUGGGGAUUUCCGGAGCCUGCGGAUGGAUUGCCCAUCAUUGUGGCCCCAUGGUUCUGGCUCCAAGCCUGUCUGUCAUUGGACUGUCCGCAUACAAACCUGCUGCUCUUCUCUGCUCUGAGAACUGGGGUGUAGCUCUGCUGCUUGUGUUGCUGAGUGUUUUGCUAUCUCAGCACCUUGCUUCUUGCCGACUGCCCCUCUGCCAGUGGAGCCAGGCCAAAGGGUUCUCUCUAAGAUCGGGUGGCCCAGCCCUGCACAUGUUUUCGGUUCUGCUGCCGUUCUCUGGCAUCUGGCUUGUCUGUGGGAUUCUGAGACAUGCUGCACCCCCUUGGGACAUGUUACAUCCUUCCACCCGCCACUCGAUCCUCACCAAUGACACCCUGCAGUCAUCAUGGCUCAAGGUGCCUUACCCAGGUGAGCAGGGCUGGCCAGUAUUCAGUCCACAUGCAACGGGCCUCGGUGCUGCCAUGGGUCUUGCUGCAAGUGUGAAUUCUAUAGGCUGCUACUUGCUGUGCAGCAAGGCCCUCCGGGAUCCACCCCCUCCACAGCAUUUGUGCAACAGAGGGCUGUGUUCUGAGGGCCUUGGCAGUCUCCUGACAGCUGUGCUGGGCUGUGUGUCCGGAACUGCAUCCAGCAUGCCCAACGCUUGUGCCGGCAGUCUUACCCAGGCCACUUCACACCGCUCAGUGUGGGUCAGUGCAUUGGCAUGUGUGCUGCUGGGCCUGUCUCCCCGGCUCAUGGGACUCCUUACCACCAUCCCUCUGGGAAUUCAUGGAGGAGUGCUGUGUGUGACAUACAGUGUGGCUGUGGGCACUGGUGUCUCCUACUUCCAAUACACAGACAUUGACUCGGGCAGGAACAUCUUCAUUGUGGGCUUCACCAUGUUCAUGGGACUUCUGGUUCCAAAGUGGCUCUUCACUGCGCCAGGGUCGCUGGCUACAGGUUGGAUCUCUGUGGACCUCUUUCUCCUUUCUCUGUUGAUGGUUCCAGCCUUUAUAACUGGAUUCCUGUCCUUCUUCUUGGAGAACACAGUCUCAGGCACCCUGCAGGAGCGUGGACUGCUCAACCACUCAUCAUCUUUCAAACCAGAGACCAGAGAGAAUUCUCUGCAUCAAAGUGGGAAGGAUCCUGCACAGAGACAUGAGCUGCCUCCAGGCCUGUGGAAGCAUCUGCUGCAUUCCUGGUGUAAGAACUUUCCUUUCUGCCUUCUGUGCCCCCUUGAGAAGAACAAAGACGAGAUGGUGAACACUUACCCCCUGGAAGAAUUGCACUGUUCAGAAGGGGAAGCCACAGAUCUGCUGUUGAAACGGGGGGCAGUGAAGCUGGAGUCAGAACUGGAGCUGGAAACUGAGCAGGAGCCUGGCAUUACACAAGGGAAUUUGGAGAACCAUAAAUGUGGCAGACCAAUGGCUCAUGAGAUGACUCCUCUGUGCUGAUCUAAAGGCAGUGGUGUCAUGGUACAUUUUGAGGUGCAGUUCCCGUAGUCACACCCCUAAGGAGAGUCUUAAAAUUCAGGCAGCUGUGUUGAUCCAUAUCAACAAACUGGUUCUAAGGGGUUUCAUCUGCACCAGGAGCAGAUACUUUGUGAAAUGAGUGGGUUUUAACUGCCCAUUCAAAACCAAGCCACCCCAAAAUACUUUGCAUUACAAUAGGGAUAGCUCACAACAAUAAAUUGUUGCUGGGGAAAUCUAUUCUCUCUCUCCACCCCCCACCCCCACCCCCCAGCUAUUGUGAGAAUUGCAGCUAAGUUCAGAGGAAACAGGGAAAUCUGGGAUGGAUGAUGUCAUCAUUCCUGCUCAUCAAAAAGUCCCAGUGCUUCGACCCUGUUAGUCUAGAGGAGAGUCCUUAUUUCGAUAGAAACAUUAUACAAGGACAGGUACUUGGGGAUAUUUUGACAGAAUCUGGUUUCAGACAACUCUGGAAACUAUGUGAAGAGCCUGCAUGAAACCAUUGCUUUAGCACUCCUCCUCCCUGUAUUAGAUCAGAGUCAAUGCAUAUGUUGUAUGUCUAAGAAGGUUCCAUCAGCAUCACCUUUGGGAUUUCUUUUCUUUGCCUCUGACUGCUAGCAUUAUGAUACCCCAUUUAAUUUAUCCGCCUAUGGAGAAUGGAGUUAUCCUAUAGUGCUGGGCAGAAUCAUAGAAUCAUAGAAUAGCAGAGUUGGAAGGGGCCUACAAGGCCAUCGAGUCCAACCCCCUGCUCAAUGC